GAUCUAAGGUGUCGUUGCUGAAACACGAAAUCCGAGUUCCCCAAGUUCCUUCGCAAACUUUCAUGUCCAUCUUGCCCGCACAAAACCAAGGAUCCACAUCGUCUUCUUCGGCAGCUCCUUCUCAAAACCCUAAUCUCGAUCAUGGAAUCCUCUUUCAACCACACCCUUCACCUCUCUCUCGAUCUCCGCCCUCUCUCCCCAAUCACGUGCAAAACCUUGCAUCGCUUCACAUCUCCGACUCCGAAUCUUCAGUCGCUUCAUCCGACGACGUUUCAGGUUCUUUGGCUCCAGCUGCAGCAGAUUCUGGUGGAUCUUCCAAAAAGGUGACUGAAUUAGGUGUCCAAAAUAGUAAGAAGAGUUUGCCUCACCAAAACACUGGUACCCGGUCACAGUCUCGCUCAGUUGGUCGAGGGUCUGAAUCUACUCAAUCCAGAGGGAAACUGUCUGGACCCACUAUUUCUCCUCGCAGCCAACAAGCUAGUGGGUCUAUCAAUUUUCAUGGAAGCACAACUCAUUCUGCAGGAAGAAAAACCCAGAUGAAUGGUAACCACUUACUGAAUUUUCAUUAUGACCCUAUUUCUCGUCCUCAACCAAGGGCUCCACCUCCAAGACGACAACAGAAGAUAAAGCCAUACAACAAAGAUCUAUUCCUCCAAGCAAAUUACAGGUUUGUUGUCUUAGAUACAGGAAACCAGGUACCAGAGUUGAUGGAUCCAGAUAAAAUGUUACAGUGGGAUGAUAUCAUUUGUGUUAGGUAUUCCACUCCGUUGCCUGUGCAGUGUCCCAUUUGUUUGGAAUGUCCCCUAUGCCCACAGAUAACCUCAUGCGGACAUAUUUUUUGUUUCCCAUGUAUUCUGCGAUACUUAUUAAUGGGUAAGGAGGAUCAUAAAGGUGACUGUUGGAAGAAAUGCCCCCUAUGUUUUGUGAUGAUAUCUCCAAAGGAUUUGUACACCCUCUAUAUUGAGAAUGUUAAACAGUAUUGUGUUGGUGAUACUGCAGAGUUUAUGCUUCUAACCCGGCAAAAAGAUUCAUUUACUCUGUCUGAGAAAAAUAAACAAGAGACAGAUGUAAUGCCAUGUAACAGUGAAGUCCAUGAUUCCUUUUCGAAAUUCAUAUUCACAUCAGAUGUGGAUUUGUCUGUUAGAGAAGCCAUAUCAGAUCUGGACAGUUGGUUGGUCAGAGCAGAUUCGGGGCUUGUUGAUGAUUUGGAGAAGCUUCCAUAUGUUUGUGCUGCAGUGGAACAAUUAGAACAGAGAAAGAAGUACUGGAAUGAGCAUGGGACCUGUAAGAGCACCAUAUCUGUUAAAGAUACUGAUUGUCAGUCAGGAUCUCAUGUAAUCCCAUCCACCGCAAAUGUUGCUUGUUCUGAUUAUGAAGCAUGUGGAUUCAAAUAUGGAUCACCAUCUUCUGAUGUAGAUGACAAAAGUAAGUGGUUGGGUAACUUAACACCAGAUAAAUUAGAUGGAGGGGAAUGUUUGGUUCAGACUGCUGAUAUGGGUGAAACACUAGAAGGCCAAUGCAGAGCUUUAUCUUCUUCCUAUGAUGAAAGCAAGAGCUUGCAGAGGCACUCAAGUGGUUCUAGAGAUCUAAAGGAUGAUGACUCGUACAAUUUCUACCAGGCAGUUGAUGGUCAGCACCUCAUUCUUCAUCCUUUAAAUAUGAAGUGUCUUUUACACCAUUAUGGAGGCUAUGCAUUUCUCCCCAACAGAAUAAGUGGAAGAAUUUUACAGUUAGAGACAGUGACUCAGUCAGAGGCCAUGAGGAGGCGCUAUCGCUACUUAAGUCAUUUUUCUUUAACAACAACGUUUCAGCUUUGUGAAAUUGAUCUUCGUGAGGUACUGCCUCCUAGUGCCUUUUUUCCUUUUAUGGAUGAAAUCAAGAAGCGUGAGAGGCAGAGGAAGAAACUUGCCAGGAAGGAUACGAAGGAGAAACUUAAGGCUGAAGCUACCACUACAGAUUCUUUGCCCAUACCAUCCAGAUUUGGAGAGUAUGUGUACCCCCCUACGUUCUCCAUGGAUGAUUUUGAAGCUUUGGGAAGUCCUGUGGUGACAUCGACAAGCCCUCCGACACUUGGGGAAAGAAAACUAUUCUCAAAUGUCACCAAACUAGGCUUUGCAGCUGGGCAUGAUUCUCCAGGCUUGAAAAUUGAGGAAGUUCAUUCCGUGCAUAACACCAGUAUGGCAAGCGAUUCUUCUGGUGUGACUGGUUCAAGAAAUGCAGGUACGCCAUCGUUUGCCAAUGUAAUAUCCAGAGGGAAAUCUGUUGAAAGUUUGGAUGCAUCCAAGACAAUUGGCACAGGGAAAAAGGGGAAGAAAUCGAGUCAAAUUCUUUUGUCAACUGCUGGUGGUCGGCGCUACUAAAAACCAGAAAAAAUGCUAUCGACUUUGACAUGCCCUUGUCUAUUAUUAGAUAUCCUGCUUGGACCGAAUGCUCGACUAUGGCCUCAUGUUUAUUCUUAUUAGAUAUCUCUUUUUGCUUGUUUAUUCUUCUUAGAUAUUUCAUAUUGCUCCAUGAACUGUUAGUGAAUGUAUAUGACUGCCUGCAGCAGACAUGUAAAAGAAUAGAAGAAUAAUGCAUCUUGUGUAUACAAAUUAGAAGGGAGUUGUUUAUUGGAGAUUUUCCAAUUGGGUUUGA